UGCUAUGGUUUUUUCAUGGACAUUUACAAUUUUUUAAAUCUUCUAUUGUGUUUUGAUCCUAAAUAGUACAUGACGAUGUAGAACAUGUAAUACUCUCUUAAGCAUCUCAUUCACUGUAUCAGCUUUUCAUGGGCCAAUGGACUUCUCUCAUAUCUCUGUUCCUUGUUUUACACAACAACCAGUAAAAUACCAUUGUCGAUAAAGCUGCCAAUUACUCCACGCCCAAACACACACAUUGUUUCAAGGUUAACAUAUGUAUUCCUGGCUAACCAUUUAACCUUUUCCUCAUUGUACAACUAUGUCUUAGAAAAACAACACAGACACAUAAGUAAUUGUGUACCUGUGUUGUUCUGUGGUUAACACGAGUUAAUAAUCAAUAAUCAGGCAAUAAUAAUAAUAAGGCACUCAUAUGAGCUCUUAAUCUCAACAACCCAAAAGAUCCAAAAAUGUGAUAUGUAAUUUUACCUUUAAAUCAAAGGUUAAAGAUGGAUAAGUCUUUCUUUUUAAUUUUUGCAAUAAUGUUUUGAUUCCUCUUCAUUAGGAAGAAGUUUGAAUUCCUUCCUCUUUUCAAAGACAUUCUCAAGUUCAUCCGUUUAUGUGUGGUAACACUGUAAGCCAUCAGCCACAACAUCACAGCAUCAUCAUCAAUAAUAAAACUGUUCAUCCAACUCCACACUGGCAACUUUCAGCAAAGUAGAAAUAAACCCCAAAAAGUCUUACAUAAAUCAUGGCUAUUUCUUCAAUGAGGAAAGACUGGAUCCUGUUAGGUCAGAUAAUGCCAUGAAAAAGGACAGUGUGUGUAAUUUACACAAAGAUCAGGCUUGGAGAAGAAUGUCAAAAAACAACAACAACUAAAUGAUUUCUAAAUUUACAUUGAAAUGCUGCUUAAACACAUUGAUAUUAAUUAAUUAAUUCUAACGAGGAGAAAAUAGUUUAUUCCAAUAGUUAGAUAAGACGGCAACUGCAAAUUCUUCUAAGCACUAUAACUUCUAUCUGCUGCCUGUUGUGCUACUUAUCAUGUAACAUAGAAUAAUAACACACAAACAAUACAUCAGAAUCCAACAUUUCAUUUAGCGGAAAUAGAAGGAAGAAGGAACUGCUUUAAUCUGAAGAGUCACCUGGACAUUCCCUUGGGGUGGGGCCUCAGAGUAUAAAGCAGGUUAUGAUGUUAGACACAACAUCGCUAACUCCACAUCUCCAAGAGCAUCUGAAGUCUUCCUGGGUAUCUUCAAAGAUACAGAGAUGCUUCUCUCUGUCCUUCUUGUGUUGGGUGUCUGCCUGGUGCCUGCUCACUCUAAACCAGCAGCAGAAUAUCUCGGCAGUCCUCUCCUUCAAAGCUGCUUUCAGGAGGCAAAGAAAAUAGUGGAUGAUGCCUACAAGUACUCCAGAGAAGAGAGUCUGAAACGAGUCCGCAAGGAGGUGGUGAGUCCUCAUGAUGCUCUUCGUCUCCUGAAGCAGCCUCGCGGUGACACACGCUCAGCUGUGAGAUCUGCAGACUACAUGGCACAAACGCUCCGUCUGCUGCAAGAGAGGGUUCAUCGUGUGCACAAACGCUCACUCAACGCAACAGAUUUGCUCUCUGAUGUGGACCUGCAAACACUUGUCGCUAUAACUGGAUGUGCUGCUCGACUCAGACCUCCACAAUGCAGCACCACACCAAACCUUAACAAGUAUCGCACAAUCACCAGCGUCUGCAACAACCUAAAUAACCCUCGCCUCGGUGCCUCCAACACCCCAUUCACCCGUUGGCUUCCUGCCGAAUAUGACGAUGGCAUCUCUGAACCGAAAGGCUUCAGAAACCAAAAAAUCAACAACUUCUUGCUGCCACUGGUGCGACAGGUUUCCAACAACAUCCUAAACACAACGGAUAGAGGUGUGAUCAACGACACAGAAUACUCUCUCAUGUUGACCUUCUUUGGGCAGUUUAAUGACCACGACUUUACCCUCACGCCCUCCUCUCCCAGCAUCCGCUCCUUCAGCAACGGGUUGAACUGUGGCGAGAGCUGUGAGAAUUCAGAUCCCUGCAUCCCCAUCCCGAUUCCUCCCGGCGACCCCUUCUUGAAAUCAAACCCAAAAGGCUGCAUCCCUGCGUCCAGAUCCGCCCCCGCUUGCGGAACAGGCUACUCGGCCUACAAUUUUGGCGGAAAGCCCAACGUAAGAGAGAAUAUCAACUCCCUGACAGCCUUCUUGGAUCUCAGCCAGGUGUACGGCUCUGAGGACAAGCUUGCCCAGUUUCUUCGCGACCUCAAUACUGAUAGCGGCCUGCUGCGCGUCAAUACAGAGUUUACUGACAACGGCCGUGAGCUGCUGCCCUUCAACCCUCUCAAUGUGAACAGUUGUGCCAAUCGUGGUAAAAUCACCAACGACUCGAACGCCAAAGAGGUGCCCUGUUUCAUUGCAGGUGACUCUCGUGCGGACGAAAACAUCGCUCUGACAUCCAUUCACACACUGUUCCUGCGUGAGCAUAACCGCCUGGCUCGUCAACUGAAGAAACUAAACCCUCAGUGGGACGGCGAGACCCUCUACCAAGAGGCCCGCAAGAUCAUGGGUGCUUACACACAGGUGUUUAUGUUCAGGGAUUAUUUGCCACACAUUUUGGGUGCCGACGUGGUACAUACACAGCUUGGCCCUUACCCUGGUUACGAUCCCAACGUUGACCCCAGCAUCGCCAACGUCUUUGCAACAGCAGCUUUCCGCUUUGCCCACUUGACCAUCCAGCCAUUUAUUCCCCGCCUGGAUGCAGACUACAAGGAGCACUCUCAGUUCCCCAGUGUCCCUUUGUUCACAGCCUUCUUAACCCCCUGGAGAGUCGUCUUUGAGGGUGGCAUUGACCCUCUGAUCCGUGGAGUGAUCAACCGUCCCGCUAAACUGAAUGUUCAAAAUCCCGUCAUGGUGGAUGCUCUGAGGGAGAGGUUGUUUCAGUUUGUGCGGAAACUGGCUUUGGACCUGGGCUCUCUCAACAUGCAGAGGGGACGUGACCACGGCUUGCCUGGUUACAAUGCCUGGCGUGGGUUUUGCGGCCUGUCUCAGCCCAAGAACCAGGAAGAGCUUGCUCAGGUCCUAAACAACAACGACCUGGCACACAGGCUGCUGCAGCUCUACGGUACCCCCGACAACAUCGACAUCUGGCUGGGAGGCGUGGCAGAGCCGUUGGUCCCUGGCAGCCGUGUGGGGCCUCUGUUUGCCUGCCUCAUCGCAAAACAGUUCCAGAGGCUCCGCCAGGGUGACAGGCUGUGGUACGAGAAACCAGGUGUCUUCACCCUGAGACAGAGAGCUGCUCUGUCCACUGCCACCUUAACCAGGAUCAUCUGUGACAACACCGAUAUCACGUCUGUCCCCCGGGACCCUUUCAACAUUGUCUCAAAAAGAAACCCGCUCAUCCUCUGCAAUACCAUCCGAAGCCUGAACCUGGCAGCCUGGCAGGAGUAACCCUGCACAGACAAGUCAGGUGAAACACUGGACCAAACACACAACACUUGACCUCGGGGGAGACUCUCAGCACCAGUUGUCAUCAAUUUUUUUUCAUUCAGAAAAAUCUGUCUAAUCAUUCUUCAUAUGUUUUAUUUGAUCUUGCCCUCAGUGGUUCUUUUGGAUCUCUUUUCAUAACUUUCCAUUAAUCAGGUCAUAUAUAUCAAAUACUUAUUAUUGAUAAUUAACUUUUACAUUUUUCUUUUUAUUCAAUUGACCAGACUGGGGCUCAUCAUCCAACUGUACAUAUCAUAUUUUGACUGACAAAUGAACACAUUUACCACCUAGUGAACAUGAAAUAUGACUGUUAAACAGUAUUCAGUCAAUUGGACAGAAGAUUUAUAAGUGGUUAAUUUUGAUGGUAGAAUUUACUAAUAUUAUUGUGAAUAUUUUAUGCACUGAUGAGAUUGAAGCAUGCCUUAAAAAUUAUGUGUGUUGUGUUUUGUCUGUGAGAUUUGUUUUACUGUAACUUUCAAAUCUGUUAUAUUUCUGCAUUCAAUAAAUAACCUAAAGAUUGAAAA